AAUAUUCUCAAAACUUAUUUAGUGAUGCCAUGUUUCAAACUUGAAUACCAUGGAAUGUGACUCCCGAACAUAAAAAACUUGAAAAAUAAAUUUCAGGUUUUUUUUCACCUAAGCAUAAACGCCUGAAGAUAUAAGCUUAGUACAUUUUUUGGAUGACCGAAAAUGGCCAUUUCAUGACCGAAAAUGGCAUUUUCAUGACCGAAAAUGGCAUUUUCAUUCCCCGUGACGGAGCUGACCCUGCGUGUGGGAGGCACGCCUCUCCCCAAACUGAAUACAAACUUCCCCCAAUUUCAUCAACUGCCCCCGCUGCCCUCGGUCGAUGUGGGCUCCCUUUUCCUGGAAGACAGAAAUUUUUACUAUGGUCAAGAUAAAUCAGGAACAGCCAGAAGAAGCAGCAACAAUGGCGAAAGGAACAACAGAAAACAAAGAACAUCCGCACAAGUCCGGAGAAAUAAUGCACAGCAAAAUGUUACCCCUAGGAGACAUAAACAAGGUACAAGCAUUGCUAGGAUCGUCAACAUUCAGAACGCUGAAAUAUCUUCCAAAGUCGAUGAGCCGAAAGAAAGGACAAAUGCUGACAUCGAAAAAGAAGUUGGAUCGGUUCGUUCGGAUCGAACUAAUCAUGACAAAACGACUAAAGCUUCUCAAUUUGAACGAAGAAAUGGUGAGCUACCGGUGAACCUGCCUCAACAAUUGCUAUUGACUCCAUUGGGGCCUCUGGAAUGGCGAGAGAUGGUCUCAAACUCCAAAAGCCCUCACUUUCUCCUCGUCCCCGCUACUCCCAUCAAAGCCACUUGGGUUGGAGGCGCUGAUACUGAAGUUGUACAGCCUGCGCCCCGCGAAGAAAGCCAUUCAGAGAACCAAAAAUCACCCAAUAUUGUUUCACCCCACCCAACAUUGCUUCAGCCCACCCACACAACAACCCACAUUGAAGUCGACGGUAUAAGAACGUACAGCACUAAGCCUAGCAGCAGAGAACAUGAUUUCGGAACGCGCGAGGGAAAACAAAAGGAAUUUUCUGCUUAUGAAUCAUCUUCUCAUCAGAACCCAAAUGAAAAUAAUCAAGGAAAUAUGGAAGGCCGAAAAGACAACGAAAUGUCCCUCCAUGAAAAUAACUAUCAGAAUCUAGGGCUGCACAGAGGAAAUCUACCGGGGGAAGUCAGUAGGGUUCGAGGACAUUUUCGAGAGGGCGACAAUUUUUCGAAUAGGUUCCAAAACCACGGCAAUAUGGAACGAGAUCCUCUUCAUCCCAAUCGAGAGGAUACCGAACAUUCCAAUCCAGGUUUUUUACGAAUUGAAUCUACAAAUCAUAGUAACCGAAGAAUUGACCACAAUGGCCCAGCCGUUUCAAACCCGAGUUUUGAGAACAUUGAAACAAUGUUCCGUGACAGCGGUGAGCAAGGUACCAUUGAAGAAUCUCGUGACCAUUUCCGCAGUGUAAGUCCAACCAAUAUCCAAUGGAGGGAUGAUGAGAAAAAACAUGGCAAUUACAGAGAAGUUGGUCAUGAGGGUUUACGGACAGGCAUAUCUGGUCAAGACAACAUGAAUUCUGACCGUGAACAGGACCAACGUGCACAAAUUUUUGGAAAACAAGAAGUAUACAAUCCUUUUAUCAAGACAGGAAAUUGGCAUGGAUUUUCAAAUGGCAAUGAUCAUAACAAUAGAGACAAUGUUUCAUGGGAAGAUCAUUCUACUGGAAAUAAGGACGGAUGGUUCGAUUCCAGCAAGGGCGAUCAUGAAGGACUAAUUGGGCGCCAUGAACAAUUGCACGAGACACAAGGAAGUAGUUUCGACGAAAGUCCAAUUACUGAAAAGAAAAAUUAUAUCAACUUUGUCCUUGAAAACAAUAAAUAUAUUACUGCUGAAAGAGAGAUGAACCAAAAAUCGGGAGGUUUCUCGUCCAUCACGGGGCUCAAAACUAGUGAUCACGGCAUAGGAAAUAAUGAAGAACAUUCAAAUGUCCAGAGAAAUAUUCAGUUGUAUGGCACUCCAUGGGAACACUCAUCAAAUAGACAUGAAAUCAAUGAGGGAUUCAACGAUCACUCAUCUUAUACACGAAGCCAAGGCCAACCACAAACUGAGAUUCGCAGGCUGCAAAAUUCCUACCGUCAAGAUGGUAAACUUACCAACGAUGAAAUAAUCAACAACACAGCUCUUACCACUCGCUACUCAAAGCGGCUUAGCCACAUAUCAGACGAUCAGUCCAUGCGACCUCUGCCACAACUAGCAACAGUUGAUUCUACACGUCAUUCGAACCAAGAGGUACAUUUGCAAAUUAACGAACCGAUGACUCCAAUAAACGCUCCUACGUCUUUUCAUGUUCAAACGUUUUCAAAGUUAGAUUCAGGUCUCAGAAAUUUGAAACAUCCAUCAGCAGUGCAUCACAAAAUGACAAGCUACUCCUCCGCGUCAGGAAUAAAUAUCGAUACCAGAAUACCGAGCCGAGAUACAGCCAGAUACACGUUCACGGAACGAGAUGCUGUCACUAAACAACACAAGACUCCGGUCACAAAUCCACAUACGGUGCGAAAUAAGGAAAAUUUUGAAAAAUUGUCGUUUCAAAGUGGAACGCCCCUGUCUAACUUUCGUGACGAAAAUGAUAAACAUACUCCACCUUCAUCAAUGCACAGUAUCCCACAGCCGAGUGGAUCGCACGGAAAUAUUGCGGCUGUUUCAAGUAAACGAGAGGAUACGGAGAGCCCCGACAAUGAAAAAUUAAAUUCAAAGGCCAUUUCGAACCUUCCUGGACAUCAAGACGUGUACCAAUAUGCAAGUAGCAUUCAUAGUUCAAACUUACAAAACUUCCAGCAUGAAGAACCUGAAGCCGUGAAUUUGUUUGAAGCAAUCCACUCGCUUUCGAGUAAGAUUCCGAUUACUUAUAUUCAGUACACGACACCAAAGAGUAUUAUUGAGGAAGGAAUAGGGAUGAAAGAUACUUUCGGACGUCCUCGUUUUGAACAAAAUCCAUUUUUCAAGAAUUUUGGCCCGUUCCCACAAUCGCAGCCAGGAAAUUACGGUACAACCCCACGUCCAGACGAUGCUGUGGUGACCGUAACACCUGCAGAUGUUCAAGUAAAUAGUACCAUUUCUGGAAAGAGUUCGUCACUGACUUAUCCAGAUGGGGUUUAUUUCAUUCCUAUGGAUAUUUCAGAACAAAGUUCGAAUGAUGAAGUUUCUACAGUACAGAACUUUGGAAAAUCCAAACCAGAGAAUAAUUCAGCUUCGACCAACUCCACUUCAUUGACAACCGAAGAAAAUGGAAAUUCGAAAAACGCAAAGCAAGGGAUUUUAGGAGACAUUGGCAAGAACGAUGGAUCUUCAGGAAGUGUUUUGAUCAGAAAAAAUAUUAAUAUUGGAAGAAGAGUGAUUGGUGGUGACGAAACUGCUGCCGAACUCCACAGCUUCGAAGACGAACAUCAGUUAAAUUUUAAUCAGGAGAAUGAUAUGAAUUUUGCUCCAAAUCUCUCUGGUCCAAUUAUUAGGAACAAGACUCCUAACAUCAUCGAUGAGAAAGACGAAGGACAUAUGACGCCUACCAAUGGAACCUCACGCGACGCAAAGUUGGACAAUAAAGCAGACGAUCCAGAUGGUGACAGCAGAGUGUGGGGCCAUCGAACUGGAGGAGCACUGCUAGACGCCCUCGUAACGUUCGUGAAGAAGGCGAGCGCCGACAAACAAAGCCUACAAGAGAUGUUGCCCCCAUUCAGUGUGCUUGAAGUUGGUGUUGGAGAGUUGCUGGUAAGCCCGACAUUGUCAGCCGACGCCCCAGACAACAGCACAUUCACAGGCACAGACGCCGCGACCGACAGUUCUGCGUUCACUUCUAUGAUGCAGCUCGGUAUCGUCCUGGGCGUGGUGGUGGUGGUAGCAGUUCUUCUGUUUCACGCCCCGCGCAUGCGCCGUGAGCUCUGCAGCUCCGAGAAGCGGGAACGUCUGCGGCGACUCAAGCAGCGCUAUGCAGACGACAACGUCUCGUCCUCGUCUAUUGAGUUCAGUUCAAUGGGCAGAAAAUCCUACAAGAACACAACAGGCAUGCAUGGCUACGGAGACGAUGGGCGAAGCCAAGAAGAUAAAAGCGAUGGUGAAAGCCAUUAUGCUAGAGUUAACGAUGUUAACCUUUAAAGUGGAUGUUAUGGCCAGACGACAACGUCUCGUCUUCGUCUAUUGAGUUCAGUUCAAUGGGCAGAAAAUCCUACAAGAACACAACAGGCAUGCAUGGCUACGGAGACGAUGGGCGAAGCCAAGAAGAUAAAAGCGAUGGUGAAAGCCAUUAUGCUAGAGUUAACGAUGUUAACCUUUAAAGUGGAUGUUAUGACAUGCUUAUAGAUUGUUAGAGUUAACGAUGUUGACCUUUAAAGUGGAUGUUAUGACAUGCUUAUAGAUGGUUCAUGGUUAGACAAUAUUCAUCGUUGGAAGUUCCAAUCUAGCGGUUAAUUCUACGAAACGAUACUCUGAAAAAAGCAAACAGUAAUAAAUUAAUAAAAUGGGAUUUCUAUUUUGGUAUACCGUACAACAGAAUCUUUUCUACGAACAUUUCCUACAGUUUCUUGAAAACAGUGUCGAAAACGGCUAAGACGGUUAUCCGUAUACCUGGUGCGCGGUUUUAAGCUCAUUUUGAAUUUGCUAGUUCCGUCUUUCUUUUAACAUCAUUUUCCGUUGAAAUCAAACAAAAAUUUUGAAAUAUUUUCUAUUUCAAUUUAUGUAUGAACAGCUGUCAUUACAAGAUGCAA